GUUUUCCACCCGUGUAAAUCGGAGCGGCAGUCUACUGGAAUAAGAACACCUCUCUCAGCCAUUUCCUCUUCCUCCCUCGACUCGACCCGACCCGACCCGACCCACCCAUCGUCACUCCUUGGAAGACCAGCUGCCUCCUCGUGCUUUCUUCUCACAUGCUUCCCCAAUUCGUUUAAAGAUUGCUAUCACUCGGCUGGAGAGGCAACGAAGCCGAGAUGUUCAUCAGAGGGGCAGCUUUGCUGCUCCUGAUUGCGCUCCUGCAGCUUGUCCUUUGCGCAGAGGACUACUACAACCUCCUGGGAAUAAGCAAACAAGCUUCCGACAAGGAAAUAAAAUCAGCAUACAGGAGGUUAUCGAAGAAGUACCACCCUGACAAGAACCCGGGCGAUGAUACCGCCAAGGACAAGUUUGUUGAAGUCUCCGAAGCCUACGAGGCCCUCAUCGACCCCCAGUCUCGCAAGAUCUACGAUCAGUACGGCCACGAAGGCCUGAAGCAACGGCAGCAAGGCGGCGGUGGCGGCCAUCACGACCCCUUUGACCUUUUCAGCAGGUUCUUCGGCGGAGGCGGCCACUUCGGCGGCCAUGGCGUGCGGCGCGGCCCCAACGUCGAGGUCAAGAUCGGCAUUUCCCUGCGCGACUUCUACAACGGCCGGACGACCGAAUUCCAGUGGGAGAAACAGCACAUCUGUGAGGAGUGCAGCGGGACGGGAUCGGCCGACGGCGUCGUUGACACGUGUGGGCACUGCGGUGGCCACGGCGUGCGGAUCACCAAGCACCAGCUCGCCCCGGGCAUGUACCAGCAGGUCCAGUCGCAGUGUGACCAGUGUGGCGGCAGAGGCAAGGUCAUCAAGCACAGGUGUCCCGUUUGCAACGGCGCCCGCGUCGUGCGGAACCCCACGACGGUGCAGCUCAAUGUCGCCCGUGGCGCAGCGAGGGACUCCCGGCUGGUCUACGAGAAUGAGGCGGAUGCGAGCCCCGACUACGAAGCUGGCGAUUUGAUCGUCAUGCUCACCGAGAAGGAGCCAGAUCUGGAACAUGAGAACCCCGACCGGGUCGAUGGGAUCUUUUUCAGGAGGAAGGACGAUGAUCUCUUCUGGAAGGAGGUCAUCAGCCUGCGCGAGGCAUGGAUGGGUGACUGGGAAAGAAACAUCACCCACCUCGAUGGCCACGUCGUCAAGAUCGGUCGUAAGCGGGGUGAGGUCAUCCAGCCCGGCCACGUGGAGAGGGUACAAGGCGAAGGCAUGCCCAAAUGGCACGAGGAUGGUGACAGCGUCUACCACCAGACCGAGUUCGGCAACCUCUACAUUGAGUAUGUGGUGGUCCUACCUGAUCAGAUGGAGAGCGGGAUGGAGAAGGAGUUCUGGUCGGUCUGGGAGAAGUGGAGGAAGAAAGUGGGCGUGGACCUACAUGCAGACAGUGGAAGGCCGGACAAGGUCGUGGUGCAGGAAGAUGCGCAUCCGCAUGAGGAGUUAUAAGGCGCAGAUGGAUCUUUCUGAUGCCUAGAUAGCGAUGUUCUAAUGCUGUAGAAGAUUUGUUUGGUGAUGGUGCUUAUGCUGUUCUGGUGCUUAGCGACCAUUGGCAAAGCGUGACAAAUUAUUUCUUGACUGACGCUCCAUCCCAUUUGGUGGUCUGUAAUGUUGCGAGAGCGGUUUCACCUGGAUUAAUUAAGCCUUGUUGGUGAUCUGGAGCGAGCCUGUUCGCGUGGCAGUGCUUAGUUAUUUUCUUUUGGCAUGCUUCAAGGUCAGCAACGUUUAGCCUGCCUAUAGAUACAAGACUAAAGCCUCAUCGGCUACCCUUCCACAUAUAUAUUUGUUUUGUCA